AUGGGGACGGCCUACUCCUCUCUCCCUUGGCACCACCUACAGCACACCAUAGGUGGGCCAGCUCAUCCCUUCCCCCCUUUCCAGUGGUGACAGCGCCGGCAACGAUCGCGGGUCUCCUCCCUUGACGCAGCAAGAAGAGGAUCAACUGAAGAUGCCCCUACGUGAGGCUGCCGUCCUCUCCCCACGUUCGUCAGAACAAGAGGGAGAAAUCAUUUUCGUUUUAUUUCUAGACUUUUAUGUAAUCGAAUAUUUUUUAUCCUAGUUAAUGCAAUCUGAAUUUUAUGAAGUUCUAUUCCCCUUUACCUCAUCCAUUUCGAAUAGUCGACGUCAUCAAAGGAAGCGGGAAACCAUCCCUGCCAGCCAUCUAUAAUUUCUUUACGAGGUGGCUGGUGGAACCUUGAGAGAAAUCUUCCCUAGUUCUGAAUUACUUCCUCUCCAUAAUUUCUAUGUUCGUGGUUGCUGAAUUUCAGAGAGUAAACAAAUCAGAAUAUGAGUAUUAAUUAAUAAACAUCAACUAAUUCAACACUCUCCUUAUGUUUGACUUAGUUUUUCACUAAUUCAUCAAGAAACUAUUCCUACGAAAAUCAGUUUAUAAAUUUAAAAUUGACGAUCUUAAUAACGACUCAAGAGUGAUCAUUUUGGUACUUUAUUUUGAAUUAUUUCAGGUUAAAAGAAGUGUAAACAAGGUGUGACAGGUCAUAUUAUUUGGCCUCAAAAAACUAGACCCAUGUUCAUGUGUCUCUCUUAUGUUAAAGGAAUUUGGCUCGUGUUUUUCACUUUCCUGUUCUGCUUUUAGAGUGAUCAAUCCUAUUUUUCCAUAAUUUAUUAAUUUUAAUGGCAAGAUUUUUACUCUUUGUUACAUGCAUAACACAAGUGAGGCGCAACCAAUUUAAAGACAAUCAUCACCUCUUGUAUGGUUCUAAAUUCAAUAGGACAUUUAACUCUAAGCUCAUUGUUGAUAACUAAGGUUGUCACAUCAUAUAUUUUUCUUUACCUUUUCAAUAACUUACUAUACACUUUUUUAUGUAGACGUGCUUGAAAAGUUGAUGUAAGAGUACAAAAGGUUGGUAUUUAAUAUCUCAAUCUAAGGUUAAGCUUCAUUAUUCAUUAUAUGUUCAUAGAUAGAAAUAGUACUACCCUAUAUUGA